AUGGGAAAGAAGAAGAUGCCAAUGAAAACAAAAGAACUAUCGUUAGCCAUGGCAGAAUCAUCAUCAGUAAUUGGAGAGGUACAAGUGGAACAACAACAGGGACAAGUUAUUACCCCAAGAAAGAGAGGGAGGCCUAGGAAAAUAGUGGAUAAAAGUGAAGAAGAUGAUGAAGAAAGUUUGCAAGAAGAGAUGGAGUUAAAGAAAGCAAAGUCAAAUGAAGAGUUGAUCAAAAAAGAAGAUAAAGAACCAUCGUCUCCUACUACUACUACAACUACUAUCGCUGCUAACAAGGAUCAACCCAGAAGAAGCAGAAGAAAAAGCAAGCCAAGAAAAAGUUGCUAG